AUGCUUUUCUUUAUUCAUUAAUUAAUCGCUAAGCAUCUGCUCCGCGAUGCCCGGCGGGCCAGCGGCGGGGUCGGACGGGCGCCGCGGCUGCGCCAGGUGACCCAUGCCCCCUUUGGCCCCAACAUGGCGGGCAGGGAGCCCUUCACGGCCGUGCUGUCCGCGCUGCGCCGCUGCUACGCCGAGGCCGUCCCGCUGGAGACCUUCGUCCGGCGGCUGGGGGACGGCUGCGGCGCCGGGGACGCCGAGGUGCUGCGGGCCGACGACGCCCCCGGCUACCGCAACUUCGUGGGGCAGUGCCUCGUGUGCGUCCCCCGCGGCGCCCGCGCUAUCCCGCGGCCCUUCACCUUCCAGCAGUUAUCUAGUCAGAGUGAGGUCACCGCAAGAGUCGUUCAGAGGUUGUGUGAAAAAAAGAAGAAGAAUAUCCUCGCAUAUGGAUACUCCUUACCGGAUGAAAACAGUUCUCAAUUCCCAGUCAUGCCACUUUCAAAGAUACACAGCUACCUACCCAACACUGCCACAGAAACUCUUUGUAUCAGCGGCUUCUGGGAGACACUGUUGAGCCGGAUAGGGGAUGAUGUGAUGAUGUAUUUGUUGGAACACUGUGCAGUCUUUAUGCUGGUUCCCCCUAGUAAUUGUUACCAAGUUUGUGGGCAACCCGUUUAUGAACUUAUUUCACAUAGUGUAGACUCAUCCCUGGUAUUUGUUAGACAAAGGUUCUCUAAGUAUAAACGUACUAGCUUGCUUAAAUAUAUGCGGAAAAGGCUUAUGUUUCAUAGAAAUUAUCUUUUAAAGUCAUACAGACAAAGAUGUGAAGUUAAUGUCUCCAGAAUGAGAAAUGAAAGAAAGAACAAGAGACGAAGCUUAGUGCCCACUGACCAGUGUACUGCAAAAGCUGUUUCUAAAGCAAGCAAACAGAUCAGAAUGGUUACUGAAGAUCAGGAAAAACAGAGUAGUUCCAGUUCAUGUGUUUCAGCCACAGCUCCAUCUCUGAAAAGGAAGAUUAAUGGAGAACAAUCUGAAAUUCCAGCCAAGAGGGCAAAAAUAGGGGAGAAAGUGAGAGAGGAAAAGACUUGUAGUCUUCCUGAUGUAAACCAAAGUAGUUCCAAGAGAUCUGAAACUGGGUAUGUAGCACCACGUUCUGAAAGUGUCAUUAAAACCCCCCGUAUUUCUGAAAGAAGUAAGAGUGCUGUGUCUGGUCCUUCUUUAGUUCACACAUCUCGUGGCAGGAGGAAGUUUGUGGCAGGCUCUCUUCUGCAGAGAUUUCAGAGUAACAAACCUUUAGAGUCCAACACUGAAAUGCAAGCAGAAUUCUAUAGGAAAAGAGCAGAGAUUUGUACGUAUGAAUCUCAGUUGGCUUCAGGACAAACCAAACCUGUGGAGGGUACUUCAAAAUGCAGAGAGCAGGAAAAUCCCCAACCUCAUUUAUCCAAGAAGUUACCAAAUAGACUUCUGAGUUCUGAAGCAUGCAUUGGGAGGAAGUCUCUUCUGUAUUCUUGCAGGAGUUUCCAAGAAUGUUUUCCUAAAUCAUUUGUAUUGAAUCGCUUGCAGGGCUCUCAGGCAGGUGGAAGAUGGCUUAUAGAAGCUAUAUUCUUUAACCAAAAUCAGGUACAGCAAAGGUACAACCAAAGUCUGCCAAAACACAAGCGGAGAAAGAAGAGGUUGCCCAAACGCUUCCGGCAAAUGAGGCAUACAUUCCAGAAACUGCUAGAGAACCAUGGGAAAUGUGCUUACUUAGCUCUCUUGAGAAAAAAUUGCCCCGUUUCGAUAUCUGAAAUCAGUAUGAAAAAAAUCAAGUUGUCUUGUCAGGCAGCCUUGCCUGGGGAAGCAGAGUUUCAGAAGCAAGCAGAACAGUUCGGGAAAGAGCCUGCUAAGUGUGUGGCAAGCAGCAGAUGUGAAUCUGGUCACACUGAUGUGCCAGACGACUUAGGUGCUGCCCCCGCAGAAUCUGUGCGUGAGGAGUUGCCACCGAGUGAGGAGCAAAACCCGCGAGGGGCACGUGAUUCAGCCCUCACGGAGCUCCUCAAGCAGCACAGCAGCCACUGGCAGGUGUACAUGUUUGUGAGGGAUUGCCUGGAGAAGGUCAUUCCUGCUGAGCUUUGGGGUUCAAACCACAACAAGUGCCGGUUUCUGAAAAACGUCAAAGUGUUCAUUUCCAGGGGGAGGUUUGCUAAGGUUUCAUUGCGGGAGUUGAUGUGGAGGAUGAGAGUGAAUGACUGCAUGUGGCUUCGUCUAGGCAAAGGUGAUCACUUUGUUCCUGCCGAUGAACAUUGUUUCCGUGAAGAACUUUUGGCCAAAUUCCUGUACUGGCUGAUGGGUACCUAUGUUGUUGAAUUGCUCAGAUCAUUUUUCUAUAUCACCGAGACCAUGUUCCAGAAAAACAUGCUCUUCUACUACCGAAAGUUUAUCUGGGGCAAGUUACAGAACAUUGGAAUUAGAAACCAUUUUGUCAAAGUACAGCUACGGCCUCUGUCUUCAGAGGAGAUUGAAACUAUCCGUCAAAAAAAAUUUGUUCCUGUGGCAUCAAAGCUCCGGUUUAUUCCAAAACCAAAUGGGUUGAGACCCAUAGUAAAAGUGAGCGGUGUUGUCGAACCACAAGCUCUCAGCAAGGAAAGCAGAGAAAAGAAGAUGAAUCAUUACAACACUCAACUAAAAAAUCUGUUUAGUGUGUUAAAUUAUGAACGGACUAUAAACACCAGUUUUUUAGGCUCUUCAGUGUUUGGGAAAGAUGAUAUCUACAAGAUAUGGAAGCAGUUUGUUACAAAGAUUCUUGAAUCUGGUGGUGAAAUUCCUCAUUUCUACUGUGUAAAGGCUGAUGUGUCCAGGGCUUAUGAUAGCAUUCCUCACAAUAAACUUGUGGAAGUGAUUUCGCGGAUCCUGAAGCCUGAGAAGAGAACCGUGUACUGCAUACGGCGCUACGCUGUGAUUAUGAUUACCCCAAGUGGAAGAGCUAGGAGGCUCUAUAGGAGACAUGUUUCUACUUUCAAGGACUUUAUGCCAGACAUGAAGCAGUUUGUGUCCCAGCUUCAGGAGAAUGCCUCAUUGCGAAAUGCAAUAGUUGUUGAACAGAGCUUAACUUUCUAUGAGACAAGUUCCAGCCUGUUUAAUUUUUUCCUUCAAAUGAUACAUAACAGCAUUCUGGAGAUUAGGAACAGGUACUACUUACAGUGCUGUGGGAUACCACAGGGCUCCAUUUUGUCAACCUUACUUUGCAGCUUAUUCUAUGGAGAUAUGGAGAACAAAUGGCUCUCUGGAAUAAACCAGGAUGGAGUCCUAAUACGUCUCAUUGAUGAUUUUUUGCUGCUUACACCACAUUUAAUGAAGGCAAGAACUUUUCUAAGUUACAGCUGUACUUCUAUCAGAUCAAGUCUUUCCUUCAAUUCAAGUAUAACAGCUGGGAAAAACAUGAAAUACAAACUGAGUGCAGUCCUCAAACUGAAAUGUCAUAGUUUAUUUCUUGAUUUACAGAUCAACAGCCUUAGAACAGUUCUCAUUAACGUCUACAAGAUAUUUUUACUCCAGGCUUACAGGUUCCAUGCCUGUGUUCUCCAAUUACCAUUCAGCCAGCAAGUUAGAAAAAAUCCUGAUUUCUUCCUAAGGAUUAUCUCUCAGACUGCAUCAUGCUGCUAUGCUAUCCUGAAAACAAUAAAUGCAGGGAUUGCUAAAUCUAACAAAGGUGUAUCUGACAUAUUCCCUAUUCAGGUAGCAGAAUGGCUCUGCUACCAUGCCUUCACUGUCAAACUGUUAAAUCACAAAGCUGUUUACAAAUGUCUGCUUACAUCCUUAAAAGUCUGUAAGAAGAAGCUAAUCAGGAGGAUCCCAAAGGAUACUGUGGCACUACUGCAGGCAGUGACAGAACCGUCUCUUUGUCAAGAUUUCAAAGCUAUCCUGGACUAACUGGUUGAGGUUUAUGUCAUGAUUUUCUCAGGUUUGAAAAUAAAUGCUGUGUCUUUAGGUGACUUCUCUGUAGUUUAUUUUGGUACAGUGGGCCAAAAGCAAGUUCAAGCAGAAGUUUUAUGUGUCUGUUUCUCAGAUACCCUACGAGGACACAAAAAGUGCAGACAAUUUUGUUAAUGCCUUCCUGUUCAGGUUUC